AUGGAAAUCUCACUCUCUCUCUUUCUCCUGUCUCUCUUUCUUCUGUGUCUCUCUGAAUUGUAUGACACGGUACAAGCAAGCACCUCCGAGGCCUGCUGCCAGCGCUGCAGCGCUGACGCCCGCUGCAGCGCUUGGACCUGGCACACAAGCUCGUUGAACUGCUCGCUCACCGCCCAUGUCAACCGAGCUCCCGUUGCGGGUACCAUAUCCGCCUACCGCAACGGCGCAGCCUGCACGCCCGUGCCGCCAAUCCCUGCCCCAUCCCCCAAUGUCUCCCUUCCCAACAUUGUUCUCAUCCUGACCGAUGACCAGGAUGUACUGCUUGGUGGCUGGACCCCCAUGCACAAGGCUCAACGCCUCUUGGCUGAACAAGGCACCACCGUCACCGACUGGAUGGUCCACACGCCUGUUUGGUCAAAGUUCCCGACAUGUCAGUCCUGCGUCUUGCCCAUUAACCUGCUCCCGGCUACCCCGACCUUGUCACGGCUUGUCAACUUUCUGAUACCCACCACCUCACAAACGCUGCAUCCUUUUGCGGCGCUGGGCUCUGGCAACCGUCUAGAAAUGACCCAAGCUGUAUGCAUGCCAACACGGCAAGCAGUGGACCGUUCAACAGCUGGUUGUUUGCGCCUCACCUACGCAACCAAGGCUACCAUGUUGGCAUAUUUGGGUGCGAUCACAUUCAACAAUGGAACUUAUGCCAACUACAGCACUAGUGUGAUUGGCAAUGUGUCCCUGCAGUGGAUCGAGAGCAAGGCCCGCGCCAAUCAGCCGUUCAUGGCCUACAUUGCUCCCAAGGCGCCCCACAUUCAAGAUGGUCCCGGCUGGCCCAAACCCAUUCCAGCACCGUGGUACGCCAAUGCUUUUGCUCAAGUCUCGGCACCAAGACCGCCAAACUUCAACGUCUCCGCCCCCGACCACCACUGGCUUGUGGCUUCACAAGCGCCCAUGACCGCCGAAGAGGUGAGCGAUACAAAAUCUACGACAUUUGCCUCGUCGCUGUACUCGGCGCAAUCCAUCGGCCGUCUCAGUGGGCUGGUGUGCGUGCAACAGGAGGUGAACAUGGACGAAUUGUAUCGCGAUCGAUGGCGCUCCUUAUUGUCGGUGGAUGAUCUUGUGGAGUCUCUCGUGAACACUCUGGCCGCCACCAAUCAACUCGAUCGCACAUACAUUCUGUAUACUUCGGACCACGGGUAUCGUUUCGGACAAUUUCGUAUGCCCAUGGGCAAAUGGGGAUUGUAUGAAAAUGACGUGCGCAUUCCGUUUGUGGCGCGUGGACCUGGCAUCCCAGCCAACGCCUCCCGCGCCUUCCUAUCCUCUAACGUGGAUGUCAUGCCGACUAUCCUUGGCCUGGCUGGCGUGCCCACACCGGCCAGCAUGGAUGGGCGUUCGGUGGUAGACAUGCUCGUCACCAACCGCACCGCCGCCUUGAAUGGCUCUGGUGCACCCGCGCCACGAGAGCAACAACUCAUUGAAUACAAUGGACUUGGUACGGUCGUGCGCUACAACCACACGGUGGAUGCCUACAACAACACCUUUCGAGGGUUGCGGGUUCGCAACGACACAGUCGAUCUCAUCUACGCUGAGUUUACCGACCUUACGGUCGACUACAAUUUUACCGGCACCCCAGAGUUUGUAGAGGUGUAUGAUCUGCGCCAGGACCCGUACCAAUUACAUAAUAUUGCGUCCAGCUUUCCGCUGGCACAGCUUCAAGAGCUGCAUGACGUGCUUGCUCGACUGUUUACGUGUCAGGGCUCGAGCUGCAACUAG